AUGAUGUCCUCCGCCAACGAGGAGGAUCCAUUCCUCCAAGUCCAGCAAGAUGUCCUCGCCCAGCUGGAAUCCACCAGACCCCUCUUCACCUCGUACGUCCGCAUCCGCUCCCUCUCCACCUCCGCCACGUCCCCCGAACUCGCCUCCGCCCGCUCCGACCUCGAAACCGCACUGGCCGCGUUGGCCGAGGACCUCGCGGACCUCGUCGAGUCCGUCAAGGCCGUCGAGUCGGACCCGUCCGCCUUUGGUCUCUCGUCGUCCGAAAUCACCAGGCGCAAGCGUCUGGUCCAGGACGUCGGCGGCGAGGUGGAGGACAUGCGCGAGGAGCUCGCCAAGAAGCUCGGCGACACCUCCACGGCCAAGGGCAACUCGGACCUGCCGGACCCCAACUCCUUCGCGAUACCCGACGGCGACGGCGGCGGCGCGGAUUACCAGGCCGAGUUCGAGCAGCAGCAGCAGCUCGAGAUGAUGCGCGAGCAGGACACGCACCUCGACGGCGUCUUCCGUACCGUGGGCAACCUGCGCAGGCAGGCGGACGACAUGGGCCGCGAGCUGGAGGAGCAGCGCGAGAUGCUCGAGGUCGUCGAUAGCGUCGCCGACCGCGUCGGCGGCCGUCUGCAGACCGGCGUGCAAAAGUUGCAGUACGUCAUGCGCCGCAACGAGGAUCGGCUUAGUAGUUGCUGUAUCGCUGUGCUCAUUUUCGUGCUCAUCUUGUUGUUGGUAUUGCUAUUGUUGUUGUAG